AUGGCGGCGGCGGCGGCGAUGGCCGAGCAGGAGAACGCCCGGAACGGCGCCCGCAACCGCGGCGGCGUCCAGCGCGUGGAGGGCAAGCUGCGGGCCAGCGUCGAGAAGGGCGACUACUACGAGGCGCACCAGAUGUACCGGACCCUCUUCUUCAGGUACAUGGCCCAGAGCAAGCACGCGGAGGCCCGCGAACUCAUGUGCUCCGGAGCCCUGCUGUUCUUCAGCCACGGCCAGCAAAACAGCGCCGCUGACCUGUCCAUGCUCGUCCUGGAGUCGCUGGAGAAGGCGGAGGUCGAGGUGGCCAACGAACUGCUGGAAAGUUUGGCCAAGCUGUUCAGCCUGAUGGACCCCAACUCCCCGGAGCGAGUGGCGUUCGUGUCUCGAGCCCUCAAGUGGUCCAGUGGCGGGUCAGGGAAGCUGGGCCAUCCCCGGCUCCACCAGCUGCUGGCCCUCACCCUGUGGAAAGAACAGAACUACUGCGAGUCGCGAUACCACUUCCUGCACUCAAGCGACGGUGAGGGCUGCGCCAACAUGCUGGUGGAGUACUCCACGGCCCGAGGCUUCCGCAGCGAGGUGGACAUGUUUGUGGCUCAGGCUGUCCUCCAGUUUCUCUGUUUGAAAAACAAAAGCAGCGCAUCAGUGGUGUUCACGACGUACACACAGAAACACCCGUCCAUCGAGAGCGGGCCUCCUUUUGUGCAGCCCCUGCUCAACUUCAUUUGGUUUCUGCUGCUGGCCGUGGAGGGGGGGAAGCUCACGGUGUUCACGGUGCUGUGUGAGCAGUACCAGCCGGCCCUGCGUCGGGACCCCAUGUACAAUGAGUACCUCGACAGGAUAGGACAGCUCUUCUUUGGUGUGCCACCCAAGCAGACGUCAUCCUACGGAGGCUUGCUAGGGAACCUUCUGAGCAGCCUCAUGGGCUCCUCGGAGCAGGAGGGUGAGGACAGUCAGGACGACAGCAGCCCCAUUGAGCUCGACUGA